CGGGGAAGUGCUGCUUUGCGGGGUCACGGCGCCUGAAGCCCACGUGCGCCGGGGAGCCGAGGUGGCCUCAAGCGCAGCGGCUGACAGCAGAGCCCUCCUGGGCCGCCGCCCGCACUCCUCCCGGAGGAAAGGAUUUUGAUUUCAAAGAAAGGAAGGAAGGACAACUCCCAGCUUCCCCGUCCCGCCUUCUCGGCUCUGGCGGCCGGGCCGGGCCAUGCCCAGGAAGGAGGCGGUGGCCCAGCAGAGGGGACUUUCCUGGCAGCCCGGCGGCGAGGAGCACGGACUGUGAGUUUGCCCUGCCCCGGUUCAUGCUUCCUGCAAGCCCUCUAGGAGGCCGGACGCCGCAGCCCCGCCCCGCGCCCCGAAGAGUCUCUUGCGUUUUCUGGCCCUCUGACCUGCACCACGCCGCUGGGGCUCUGGCCGCUGCAGCCCGGUGUCCUCCGCCCGCGGCGGUGGAUGGCAUGAUGGUUCGGGAAAGGCACCGCGGCCUUGGCCUGCUCAGUCGCGACGGCCGCGGGGGCGGCGGCAGUGGCAGUGGUGGCGGUAGCGGGCUCCCCAGCGGCAUGCCAGUGCCCCCCGGGCGCGAUGGCUAGCGGCAGCGCUGGGAAGCCCACCGGCGAGGCGGCUUCUCCGGCUCCUGUGAGCACCGUCGGCGGGGCCAGCUCGCAGCCGCGGAAGAGGCUGGUGUCUGUCUGUGACCACUGCAAGGGCAAAAUGCAGCUGGUAGCCGACUUGCUGCUGCUGUCAAGUGAGGCUCGUCCAGUGCUCUUCGAGGGCCUCGCCUCCUCCUGUGCCGGCGCCGAGUCCUUUGAGCAGUGCCGGGACACCAUCAUCGCGCGCACCAAGGGGCUCUCCAUCCUCACCCACGACGUGCAGAGCCAGCUCAACAUGGGCCGCUUUGGAGAGGCAGGGGACAGCCUGGUGGAGCUGGGCGACCUGGUGGUGUCACUGACCGAGUGUUCGGCUCAUGCGGCCUACCUGGCGGCCGUGGCCACGCCUGGAGCGCAACCCGCCCAGCCGGGCCUGGUGGACCGCUACCGUGUGACACGCUGCCGCCAUGAGGUGGAGCAGGGCUGCGCGCUGCUUCGAGCCACACCGCUGGCUGACAUGACACCACAGCUGCUGCUGGAGGUGUCGCAGGGCCUGUCACGCAACCUCAAGUUCUUGACGGACGCAUGUGCCCUGGCCAGCGACAAGUCUCGGGACCGCUUUUCACGAGAGCAGUUCAAGCUGGGCGUCAAGUGCAUGAGCACAAGCGCUUCAGCGCUGCUGGCCUGCGUGCGGGAGGUGAAGGCCGCACCCAGUGAGCUAGCGCGCAGCCGCUGCGCGCUCUUCAGCGGGCCCCUGGUGCAGGCUGUGAGCGCCUUAGUGGGCUUUGCCACCGAGCCGCAGUUCCUGGGUCGCGCGGCGGCCGUGAGCGCCGAGGGCAAGGCGGUGCAGACCGCCAUCCUGGGCGGCGCCAUGAGCGUGGUGUCGGCCUGCGUGCUCCUGACCCAGUGCCUCAGGGAUCUGGCGCAGCACCCGGAUGGGGGCGCCAAGAUGUCGGACCACAGGGAGAGGCUGAGGAACUCGGCCUGUGCCGUGUCUGAAGGCUGUACCCUGCUAUCUCAGGCUUUAAGGGAGAGGUCUUCGCCCAGGACUUUACCGCCAGUGAAUUCCAAUUCUGUGAAUUAGCACCCCCAUACCCCUUCUUUCACCCCAGACUAAAGGAAGAUACUUAUUCUCUGCCCCCUCCAUUUAUACCAAAGAAAACAUAGGUGAAGUCCCGUGCCCCCACUCCCUGAUGUUAAAUGCUCGAGAGGAAUCUUCCAAAAGGCAGGGCCUUGCACACAACUUACACACACGCACUCAGAGGCCCCAGGCGCCCACCAGCCCAUACACGGUAGGGACUCUGAGACAGAGGUGUAAUAUGUCAUUAUUCACCCCCAGCCCGUCUUCCGGAUUAUCAAGACCAAAUUUUAUUAAUUGGGCAGGAAGGAGGUCAUGGGUUCAUUUCUUUUUGGUCUUUUUUUUUUUUUUUUAAUUAAGAGAAGAAAAGGUUACCUCAGUUUUCAUUCCUUAGACAUGGAUGUAGCUACCUUUUUUGUAUGUCUUUAUUUUUUUUAAGCAAUCGUGUUGGAUUAGGAGUAUACUUGGUGUGGAAAGAGUAUGACUUUGCCAUGUGUUUUGCAAAUGGGGGGAAAGCUACUGUGAGUGUGUGUUUUAUUUUUUAAUUUACACUAUAAAGAGUGAUUUUUCUUCCCCCAAUGUCAAGUUUUUACCUUGCAUGUACUGGAGUAUUUAUUUCAUCUAUUAAAAUGUUAUGUUUCUCAGA